CAGAAAAAUUCUGUAAAAGGAUUGAACGAACAGAAAAAGUGUCUUGACGGGUGACAACAAUGGAAAUGCAAGAGGAGCCAACGUGGAGCAGAGAAACAGUGCCAAAGGUGAUGAAGAUAGUGAGCGCAAGGCUUCCUCAGAAGGACCUCAUAUCUCUCCUUCUCGUAAAUUCAUGGCUGUAUCAUACUCUUCUCUCCUGCUCAUCUCUGUGGUUGGUCAUUAACUUGCGUGAGAUGCUUAAUGCUGGAGAUCGACUGAUUGCUGCUCUCUCAUUGUCCAGAUAUCAACAUGUGAAACAAAUAGAGCUUGAAUUUGCACAAGAUGUUGAAGACAGACAUAUGGAACUUGUUAAAAGCAAGUGCUCAAAUGCUCUUCAAGAUUUGGAGUCUUUGAAUCUGAAUGUGUGCCAAAAGAUUUCUGACAAGGGAAUCGAAGCCAUCACCAGUACUUGUGCAAAAUUGAAGGUCCUCUCUAUCUAUUGGAACGUGAGGGUAACAGAUAUGGGCGUGGAGCAUCUGGUGAAGAACUGCAAAUAUAUAGUAGACUUGAACUUAAGUGGGUGUAAGAAUAUAACUGACAAAAGUUUGCAAUUAAUAGCUGAUAAUUAUCAAGACUUAGAGUCACUGAACCUGACUAGGUGCAUCAAACUCACGGAUGAAGGCUUGCAACAGAUAUUGUUCAAGUGCUCUUCUCUCCAGGGCUUAAAUCUUUAUGCACUUUCUAGCUUCACAGACAAGGUUUACAAGAAGAUAUCACUUUUAGGCCAUUUAAGAUUCUUGGAUUUAUGUGGAGCCCAGAAUUUAUCCGAUGAAGGACUUUCUUGUAUAGCUAAAUGCAAAAACCUGUUAUCUCUCAACUUGACAUGGUGUGUAAAUGUCACCGAUGUGGGCGUGAUUGCCAUUGCUCAGGGUUGCACCUCCCUUGAAUUUCUUAGCUUAUUUGGAAUAGUUGGAGUGACUGAUAGAUGCCUGGAGUCUCUUUCAAAGUUCUGCUCAAACACCCUCGCCACUCUUGAUGUAAAUGGAUGCAUUGGCAUUAAGAGGCGAAGCCGUGAUGAACUGCUUAGCUUGUUCCCACAUCUGAAAUGUUUCAAAGUGCAUAGCUGACAAGUUCUUGAUGAGAAAUUUUAAGAUGGACUUUCUGACAUUGAAGCAAGUGGCAGCGCCAAUCAUUAAUUUAAAUUGGAAAAUUGUUCUUAUAUGACAUUAAAUUAAUAGUGCAGAUUAAGAUGUUGAUUUUGUGUUCGAUCCGACUUGCUUACUGUUAGCAAGUCCUCUGAACAGCUUGUAUACUCACUUGUUGAUAUUGAGAAAAAGAAUUUCAGGUGAAGAA